AUGUCGAGGAGGAAACAACACAAACCGCAGCACAUCCAAUCUGAUGUAUUGUCUCUAAAUGAACACGUCGAUGAUGCUUGUCUCAGUUGGGACUUUCAUCCUGCAGUGGAUCCUUGUGUUCAUGUUUGCAAGCAAUGCUGUGCUGAGUUUAAUGCACUGUCAGACCUCCGACAACAUCAGAAUGAUUGCUCUCCAUGUCUUCCAGUUCUUAUUGUGAACGAGAACGAAGACCUGCUGUCCAGCCAUAGUUUUUCUGCAGCCUCAUUAUCAGCCAGUUGCUGGGCUGAGCUGGAGCACGACAACAUCCCGUCACAAGACAGAUCUAACAAAAAUGUUGAAUUCAUGGACAGUUUGAGCAGUAAAAGCAGCAUAGAAAGCCCAGGAAGCACCAAAAGUGACCAAUGUAGCAGCAGCAGCGAAUCUAAGACAGACACUGUUCAUUGUUCCUCAGUUUUUCCAGCAGCUUUACCUCAGUCCAGCUGCACUGUUGACCAAGGAGGAUAUUCAUGGAUGGCGAGUAACGUGAUCAUUGAAAACCUCGAGAGCACUAAAGUCGCCAUGUCCCAGUUUUUGCACUCAGACAGUCACCACAGUAAGACUGCCAUCUCAUCUCUGCUGCAGCAGCUCCUUGCCCUGCAAAUACAGCAGAUUCACCAGCUACAGCUAAUUGAUCAAAUUCGUCACCAGGUCCUGUUGUACGCUUCUCACAGAGCUGAGACACCAGAGCCCAUGGCACUGUGCGCCCAGGACCAGUCAUUUUCAAAGUCAACAUAUCAGCUCCAGACUCUUAGUGCUCAUCUGUCGCAGCAGCUAGCUGCAGCUGCAGGGAUAGCAAAGUGCUUGUCCACUCAAUCUGCUAACAUGACUGACUUCAAGCUAUUUACAGGUACACAACAAAGUCAAACUGGCAUGAGAGAUUUGCUGUCAUCCUUAGAAGCCUCUAGACUCAUAACUUCUGUUCACAGACAGCCCAAAUUCAAUGUUUUGUCUCAUUCUAAAAUGUCCUCUUUAAUGUUUAGCAAUAACAGCUUUGUCAAAAAGACCUCAGAGACCUCACAGUCACCUCAGCCUUCAUCAGCCACCAAGGAAACAGCAUCUGAUUCCAUUCAAAACAUCAGUGCAGUUGUAGAGGAUUUGGAUGCCCUGGCAGUCUUGGCCCAACAUAGUCUUUCAGAACCAAAAAUCUCCUCAGAAAAGUCUUUCUUCAAACACAAAUGCCAGCUUUGCACCAAAGUUUUUGGGAGUGACAGUGCUUUGCAAACUCAUCUACGGUCACACACUGGAGAAAGGCCAUACAAAUGCAACAUAUGUGGAAACAGGUUCUCCACUAGGAGUCACUUAAAAGUGCAUUUUCAAAGGCACAAAGACAGGUACACCUGCAUCCCAGUGAAGCCUCAACCUGUUCCAGAGCAUGAAGUCCAGAGGAUGUGCCACACUGUGAUUCUUUCACCAGAGAAAGCCAACAAAAGCUGGAUGACAGGACACUAUCACCUGUAUUAUGUUCUUUUCCAUUAACAGUUAGGGUCUUUAAUCAAGAAGGAGGAGCAGCCAAUUUCCAUUACCAUUCCUCUUACUCCAGGAGAACUAAACUUUGAUUCCCAGGCUUCUCCAAACUUUGAGUCAACAGCCAGUCCUGCAAAGACUUCAGGCUCAGUUGAGACAAAGUAUCAGAGAUCAAUGAAUUCAAGAUUCAGUUCAGAAGAAUUUGUACCCAAUCCAAAUCCUUCCUUAUUUGAGGUACUCCACUUGUCAAAAGACCCCCAGCUCCAGUCACAACCUGAAGACAACAAAAGAAUGACAGACCUCAAUGAGUGCAUCAUCUGCCAUCGAAUCCUCAGUUGUCAGAGCGCUCUGAGGAUGCACUAUCGCACUCACACAGGGGAGCGUCCAUACCAGUGUAAACUGUGCAGCAGGGCCUUCACCACCAAGGGAAAUCUGAAGACACAUCAAGUUGUUCACCAUACAGCCGUCCCAUCAUUGAGGGUCCAGCACUCAUGUCCCAUUUGCCAAAGGAAGUUUAUAAAUGCUGUCGUCUUGCAACAGCACAUACAGAUGCAUAUUGAAGCUCACAGUUCAGACAUUUUUUUCAGUGGAAACAAUCGGAAAUUUUGUGAAACACUCAAAUGUGUGUCUACUUUCUCCACUUCAUCAUCAUCUGAAAAAGAAUGCACUGGUGAUCACAAGAAGCUAACCAACAAUGGGCUACUCAAGUGGAUCAAGACAGAAAGGCUGGAAGAAUCAAAUGAAGGAUUCUGUCAAACUAAUAGCCAACUUGAUGCUAAAACAACUCAAUGGAAUAGUUCGUUCCCAGUGUCAGAGAAUCAAGCAUCAAUCUCAAGGCUGGACGAACCAGUACAAACAUGGUUUGACCCUUCCUCUGUGAUGGUGUCUAGACCGGCAACAACCUCCACUAACAUGAAAUUAUUCACAAGUAUUGAAGAUUCUCAAAGGCAGAUUUCCAGCCCACGUGAAAAGGGGUUCUUCAAGAAUUGUGACUUAUGUGGAAAGAGUUUUGCUUGUCAAAGUGCCUUGAAUAUUCACUACAGAAGCCAUACCAAGGAGAGACCGUUCAUCUGCACAACAUGCAACAGGGGUUUUUCCACCAAGGGGAAUCUCAAGCAACACAUGCUGACACAUCAAAUCAGAGAAUUCUUACCGAGUCUCUUGGAGGCUUCAUAUCCAAACCAACCACAAGCUCUGAAGAUGGAGAUGAAUCCUGUCUUCAAGCCCUCUGUUUGGAACAGCAGAGGUCAUUGUGGUCUUUCACUGAGCUCCUCCACAGGUUCUCUUCCUCCUCCUCGCCGGACGCCUAAACAACACCACUGCAAGACCUGUGGAAAGAGCUUUUCAUCCUCUAGCGCUCUACAGAUCCAUGAAAGGACACACACUGGAGAAAGACCAUUUGUAUGCACAGUCUGUGGACGAGCUUUUACCACCAAAGGAAAUCUGAAGGUUCAUAUGGGUACCCACAUGUGGAACAGCGCCCCCAGUAGGAGAGGUCGUAGACUGUCUGUAGACAGAUCAUCGAUGGGGUUUGGGACACGUCCUGUGAAACUUCCUGAGCCGCCACAGAAGCAAUCAGCGUUGACCUCAAACACUAAUGUGAAUCACUGGAACCGAAGUCCAGAGCUUUUGUCCACGAGUUUGCAGACGAAUAACACAGGUGGAGUUCAGAGUGGAGACUCAUCCUGCACAUUAUCACCCAAAGGAACAAAAGACACAACCCCCUCUGAAUCCACAGCUCUUAAUCUGGGUAAACUAUGUCAAGUAGACCAGAGUGAACUUUAUUUCAUAAUUGGGAGGAAUCAUAAUUAAACAGAUAGGUAUGAAAUUAAGGCCAUAUUACUGGGAUGUCUGGAAAAUUAAAAGUUCACAUAAAUGUUAAAAGAAUUAGUUUUGCUCUGUUUUACAACUGACAAAUGUGUAUAUUUUUAGACUUUUCACUAUGCAGAUGUGUGUGUGUGUGUGUGUGUGUGUGUGUGUGUGUGUGUGUGUGUGUGUGUGUGUGUGUGUGCUUCAGUCUCCAGCUUGUCUUUGUUUUAAAUGCUAUUCCCUUUAAGUGACUUUCUCUGAGUUGCUUUGUGUAAAUUCUGAGCUAAUUUCUAUAAAUAUAGUUAUACUGGAUCACUGGAUUCUUUUUGACAAAACAUCUGAUCCUUUAUUUAACUAAAAAGUUAAAUUUAAAAAAAAGUCCUCAAUGAUCCAUCCUAUUGAAGUAAAAGUAGUAAAUGAAUGUAGUGAAUGAAGUAAAAGCACUGGCUUUGUCUCUCUGACUUUUAUAUUAUUAUACUGGACAUCACUAUAUAUUUGAUAACACAUCAGUGUUCCUGCUGUGGGU